AUGGUAUCUACUAUCCGCCCCGAGGAAUUGGAACAACGUGUGAGGGGUCUCUGUUUGUUUCUGACUGACAUCGGAAAAGGUGAAGGACCGAACAAAUGGUUCAAUUUGUUUAAACAUGGUGGAAAAGGUCGCUUCAACCUGGACGCUAAUUGUCCAAUGGGCAAGUAUAGCGACGACCAGCACGAGCUUGUAUCCAGUACCUUGGCGCUGAUGUUCGGCGAGGAGCACUCGCCUGAUUAUAUUUGCAAGGUCCUCUUCCCUGAGGCACUUAUAAAAAUAUACAUGGAUGUCCAGGGAUGUCAGUACGUGGAGGCUGAGGAAGAUCUUUUCAAGAUCAACCUGUCCCAACAGUCACAGGUUAGUUACAUGUACUAAUUUCGUAAUUGGUGUAUACUCGUACGAGUAGCUCGAAAUAAUGUGUUUUUAAACAUUGUAUUUUUAGGACCCAUUUAUACAGCAGUUCAAAAGGCGAGAGCCAUCACCGCCCCCUUCCGAGGGGGAAGACGAUGAUGAUACGGAUGAUUCGAACUAUGAGGAGGAGGUCGAGGAAGAAGAGGAGGCCAAGGACGAAAGUGAGGAGGUCGAAAGUGAGAACGGAGGCCAAAAAGGCAGAACGAAGAGAAAGGAAAAAGAAAAGUAA